UGGGGGGGCGACACAGGGGGACCCAGGGACAGGGGCCUGCAGGGACGGGCACAGACAGACGGGGGGACGGCCGGCCGGCCAGGCCCUUGCAGAGGGGUGGGCAGGGGCCGGCAGGGACAGACGGACGCAGGGAGGGACACAGGGACGCAGGGCCCCGCAGAGACUGACGGCCAGACAGACAGACAGAGGGACGGGCAGGGGCCGGCAGGGACAGACGGACGCAGGUGGGCCAGACGCCCCCGGCCAGCUGGAGGCUCCAUGGAGGGGACGGCCCCUCCCCGGGCAGCGUACCGAGCGGCCAUGGUGCUGAGCGGGGCGGGCGACGCGUUGGGCUACCGGAACCAGCGCUGGGAGUACUGCCCCUCGGGCCCCCAGAUCCACGCCGAGCUGGCCCAGCUGGGGGGGCUGGGGGGCAUCCAGGCCGCGCUCCCCGACUGGCCCGUCAGUGACGACACCAUCCUGCACCUGGCAACCGCCGAGGCCCUGGCCACCGGACUGGAAGGGGAGCCCUUGCUGCAGGAGUUGGCGCGAGGCUACGUGGCAGCCAUGGGAGACAUGGAGGGCAGGAAACCCGGCCCCACCAGCAUCCUGGGGACAUCCCAGCUGCGCCCGGGUGAGCCGGCCGGGUACCGGAUCCCCUUCAACCCCAACGCCACCGGCUGCGGGGCCGCCAUGCGCUCCAUGGCCAUCGGGCUCAGGUACCCGCACCCCACAGAGCUACCGACCCUGAUCCGGAUCAGCGUGGAGAGUGGGCGCAUGACACACCAUCACCCCACAGGGUACCUGGGGGCGCUGGCCUCGGCCCUGUUCACGGCCUACGCGGUGCGGGGGCUCCCCCUGGCGCAGUGGGGGGCCGGCCUGCUGCAGACGCUGCCCCUGGCCCAAAGCUACGUGCGGGACGCGGGCGUCGAGACGGAGCCCAACCUGGGCGCCUGGGGGUACUUCCCCCAGAAAUGGGCCUGGUACCUGGCUGAGCGGGGCCUGGCCGAAGGACACGGCCCCCCGCGGUUCCCCCCCCGCUACGGCCCGGCGGAGCGCGACGGCAUCUACCAGACCUUCAGCCUGGAGGGCUGGGCGGGGCGCAGCGGGCACGAUGCCCCCAUGAUCGCCUACGACGCGCUGCUGGGCUCUGGCGACCGCUGGGACGAGCUCUGCAGCCGGGCCAUGUUCCACGGGGGAGACAGCGACUCGACAGGCGUCAUUGCGGGGUGCUGCUGGGGGCUGGCAUAUGGAAUGGCCGGGGUCCCCGAGGGGAAUCACCGACACCUGGAGUACCGGCAGCGCAUGGAGGCAGCCGCCGACCGGAUCCACACCCUGGCCUGGGGGGAGAGCGCCCCGUGAGCGGGGAGACCCCCCCCCGAGCGCCCCACUCCCCCGGCACUGGCUACUGCUCUCAGCCCGGACACCUGGGUUCUUUCUUAACCCCACCCUCCACCCCCCCGGCCUCUGACACCCCAGCCUCUCACCCUGCACUCAACAGCCAACCCCACCGCAGGCCAGGGCUGGAUUUGGGGGGUCCCCCAUUCCCCAGACAUGUGGGGGAGGGGCAACAAAUUCCCAUCCCCCCCAGUGCACCCUCCUGGCCCCCCAUGAGCCACAGGGCCCCAACCACUAGCACCUCCUACUGCUGCCUCCAGGACCUCAGGGUCCUGCCUCCAGGGUCUCCUGGGUCACCCUCCUGCCUCCUGCCUUCCCGUGCCGGCAGGGGUCAUUUCGGGGGGGGGUCCGGGGCCCAUGCCAAGGAGCAGGCACCCCCGGAGGCUGGGCGAGGCUGGCGUGCAGGGGAGGAGUGACUGGAACCCAGGAGUCCUGCUCCCUGCAGCGCAUCCCUGAUCCCAGCACUGCCUGCCAGGGAAGGGCCCCCCGAGUCCCCCACGUCGGCUGCCUGCUGUGCUGUACCCCCCUGGCCCGGCUCCGCAACCCCCCUGGGGCCACCUGCCCACAGGCCUUUUGCCCCCAGGCCCCGGCUGCUGGGGGCCAGCCCACCGGGAACCCAGGCCCCCCUCUGCUCCAAGGGCUCUGCUCCCAAACCUGUUACAGCCUCCCCAGGGGGGCCUGCCACCCCCAGUGUUGUGCUCAGCCCCGCCCCACCCGGCUGGGCCCCAUCAGCCAUUAACCCGGCUCCGAUCAGCACGCGACCCCGCUGAGGUCACUCAAUCAGGGUGAGCUGCGAACAGACCAGGGCAGACAGACCCCACACGCUGGGGGAUAUUCCAGGACCUAGAUUUCCCCAGCCAGCCCAAACCAGCCUCUGUCUGACCUCCCCGGGUACUCAGGAGUCCAAACACCACAGUUCUUGUAACGUGCCCGGCCUCAGGCCUCCAUCCAGACAUCCCGGACAGUCUCUACGCCAAAGACUAAAUGGACACAAAUUUGACAUCAGGAAUCAUAACAUUCAAAAACCAGUCGGAGAACACUUCAACCUCCCUGGUCAUUCAGUAACAGACCUGAAAGUGGCAAUUCUUCAACGAAAAAACUUCAAAAACAGACUCCAACGAGAGACUGCAGAACUGGAAUUAAUUUGCAAACUGGACACCAUCAGAUUAGGCCUGAAUAGAGAUUGGGAGUGGCUGGGUCAUUACAAAACCUAAACUUAAUUUCCCCCUACUGUUACUCACUCCUUCUUGUCAACUGGCUGUAAUGGGCCACUCUCUUACCACUUCAAAAGUGAUUUUUCCUCCCAUGGAAUCCUGCUGUUAAUUGAUUUAUCUCAUUAGACUGACCUCCCACUUGGUAAAGCAACCCCCAUCGUGUAUUUAUACCUGCUCCUGUAUUUUCACUCCGUGCAUCCGAUGAAGUGGGUUCUAGCCCACGAAAGCUUAUGCCCAAAUAAAUGCGUUAGUCUCCAA